UGUGGCAAGGCAGCAAAUCCCUAGGCAAGAGUCACUGUGUUACUGCAAGAUAUAUGCAAACAAAAGGUGCAUGUGGACCCCACCAAACUAGGAUUCUAUUUAAUAAUCUGCCCAGUAUCAUCAGUCAUCAUCAUUAUUAACAAAUGAGAGCAAGGUUAUAUUCUGACGAUCUUCUCCAAUUGCUGAGCCCGAACAAUUUACCAACCAGUCAUCAAGGCUAUAAAAGGCGGAGACUGCACCAACCUCGGACAUAUUCCCACAACUCACUUAGUGUCGGUCAGACGAGCUUUCACCAACAACAAUGAUUUUCACUCAAUUUUUCGCCUUCAUCGCAGUCUUGUGCUUCGUGCCAGCCACUAUAGCAGCUAAUUGUCAGGAGGAGCUGGAUAGUCGUCGACAGAAUUAUGCCUUAGGUGGGUUUCUGCCUCGGUGUGAUGCUGGAAACUCUGCCCUGUACUCACCUAUUCAGUGUCGUGGAAGCGCGUGCUAUUGCGUGUCGUCUGACGGAACAAUGCUGAGCGACUACAGCAACAUCCCCUUCGGUACACCUAGCAACUGCGAGUGCGCUCGCAAGGAAUAUGAAUUUAGCAAGGCUAGAAUGAAGGGCCAGAUAUUUAACUGUGCUCCUGACGGCACCUACAGCCCCACCCGCUGUUAUGGGUCCAGAUGUUUCUGUGUGUACCGGAACGGGGCCAGAAUGCAGGAAUAUCAAGAUAGAAGCAUAGGGCAAGCUUCAACAUGUGCUUGCGCACGUGCGAAAGACGACGCCAGAAGAAGUAGGGUUAAAGGUCAGUCAACACUGAGAUGUGCAAAGGACGGCAGCUUCAUCCAGUGAGCCACUGUCAACCCCUCGACAAUCUUCACCGUGUCGAGUAACUUCCAGAGGCCUUCAAGCCUCACCUUGUAGCAAGCCACGACCUGUCCAUCCUCUUUAUCGCUCCACUUCGUCGUCGGAUCUGUCGUUCUACUCAGGCUGUCGUUCCGUUAGCGUUAAUAUGCGUUUUUUACAGUUCCUCUCCCAUAUUGAUUGGGAGCAAUAAAUUUCUGAUACCCAGCAA